AUGAGUUCGGAUCAAGCACUCCAGGCCUGGGCUGUGCCUGAGCUUAAAGCGCUGCUGACCUUGGAUGAUGAUGAGUUGAAGCAAAUCAUAGAAUAUACUAACACCCUUUCUGACCCAGCAGCUGCUUCUCAUCUCGUGAAUCUGCUUGGCGAUACAGAUGAUUCGAAGCGGUUUGCUGUCUCAUUCAACGAAAGACGAGCAGGGACAGCCAAUACAGACAUUGCACCACCCGCUUACUCCUCAGGACCUUCGCAUCGACAACAUUUGAACAUUGUCAUUGAUGCAGCCAGGUUGCGAGCUCGGGACGAACAGGAAAUGCAACAAGCACUCCAGAACCUUCAAUAUCAGUACAACAUAUACAACAGCGAGAUUGAGCCGGAGCACGAUACCGAUUAUCCUUGCAGUUGUCCAAUCCAUUACUACAAGCGUCUCAAGUACCAACGCUAUGGUGUUCAGAAACAGUGGUCGAAAGCCGUUAUGUACCCCGGCGAGAAGGCUUACGAUGACAACAAUUACAACGGGCGGUCAAUGCUUUUCAGUGGGAACCUCUACAUGUGGAGGAUCACUUCGCCCUACGGCUACUACAACAUGAAUCCAUGGGGCUUUUCAAGGCCAGAUCCACGCUAUCAUGCUCGAUUUGUUCACCAGACCAUUGACCUAAACAAUUCGCUGAACAGAGAGGCCCAGAAAAAUGUCGACGAUAACGAGCCAAAGCAUUCCAUUUGGGAGAGUGCGGACGAUUCCUUUGUCAGAGCUAUGGACACGAUGAAGCUCUCAGAUCAGAAACGGAACAGUAUUGCAAGUUCAAGCAAUACUCCGAGACAAGCAGAGACCUCAAAAUUGGCAUCCUUCCGGAAAUCAAUAGGCUUUAAAACUUCCGAGGAGCGUGCGGUUAGCAAAGUUGCCAAAGCCGUUGGCAAAGGCAACGAGCUCCGUGAGGCUAUCCUGGCAGAGGAGGCAGGACGAUGGCAAGACGAUCAGACUAGAUGGCUAGUCGAGUCCUAUCAGCAACACAUCGGAAUGGCAUCAAAGGUUGCCAAUCUCAGAGCACAUUGUCCACUUCAAUACUUGCAUCUCCUUCGCGCGGGCUAUUUCGAACCUAUUCCGGUCGCGUGGGCCAACCAAGCAUCGAAUCCUCUCAAGUUCAGCAUAGAAGCUGCAGCAGGGUGGCGAGGCAUCACACCAGCGUGGCGAGGGUACGAAGACACCGCUGAGGAGCGUUUGUAUUGGGUGCUCAACCAUCGCGAAGGGAGCGUCGGAAUGAGAAUGAAACCUGACCAAAUUUCAGAAAUGAACAUGGCGCGAGACAGGAUGGCGAAGGCAGUUGAACCACCUCCAGACUACUAUUCUGCCACUGAUCAGUGUCAUGUGCAGCACACGUCUGCUGGAUACUCGAAGCAGGUCAUGCCGUCUCCGUUCCGUGCCUACGACCGACCCGAAACAGCGACCGAUGAUACCAUGAUUUUGCUCGAUGUGUCGGGAUCGAUGGACUUCGACCCUGUACGACCAGUCUACAACCAAUACCUGGUAACAGGUUGGGAGCGCUCGACUCAGCCGAGGAACAAGGAUGUAGCAAAGGCCAUCAUCCGUCGCUUCACGGACGCAAUGGAGAACCACGACCAUCAGUUCCAGGGCUAUGAUCUUGUGACGUUUGCGAACAGCGCGAAGUACGUCGGCACUAUCAACCACCGCAAUUUUGACACAACGUGGAGGAACGUCGGUCUGGGUGGCGGCACACGGGUGAUGACAGGAUGGCAGAAAGCCAAAGAGCUUCAUUUCCAGAAGCAUUCCGAAUCGGCAACUCAUCAUCCUGUCUUUGGUUGGCAAGCUGGACCUGAGACUCCCAUGCUUAGGCUACUGCUGCUCCUUGAUGGCGAGGCGACAGAUAUGGAUGAAUUCGAGUUGGAUCUGCUCGGGAUUUCGUGGGCGCAUGUUACAAUCUUCUUGAUUGGAGUGGAUGGAUGUCCACAUCAUCAUCGACAUGCGAAUGAGCUGCAAAGAAUCAGUGAUGUCAAUCAUCAUGUCAGCUUUGUCGAUGCGCAGGGAAACUGCCCUGAACGAUUUGUUACGCAUGAGCUUUUGAAGCGGCAUUUGGGCUAUGAGAUUUCGAUGCAAGAGUUUGAGCAGAUGGAAGAGCUUCCGGCUUACAGCGAGACAGCACCAUGA